AUUCGGUUCAGAUCCCUCCCACUCCUGAAUUGUGGUUCCACCAAGGAACUCCCCCAUUCGCAGUCGCAAAUAAUAUCUUGUCUCCGGUGCGGUUUAAUUGCGUAUGAUAAAAGAUUUAUAUACCUUGAGAGCUUAAGUAGCUUUAUCAAAUACUCAGCUCGCUACUUUAUCGCCGCCAUGAACGCCGAUAUAAAAACUGUGACGGUUUACCCAACAACCGAAUCGGAAUUAACGACCCCCACAAAGCCAGCGAAUGGCAGUAAAGAUGAUGAUUAUGAUCCCCAUCAGCACCGCGAUGUCAAGAAACCCACAACAAACUGGCAGACCUUUGCCCAUUUCUUAAAGGCUUCCAUAGGCACUGGGGUCUUGGCCAUGCCCAGUGCCUUCUCCCAUGCGGGUUAUGUAAAUGGAACGAUCCUUACACUGAUCAUUGGACUCCUGGCUUUAUAUUGCUUGCAUAUUUUGAUCAGCUGCAUGUAUAUUCUGUGCAAGCGGCAGAGAGUUCCAUAUGUUAGCUUUUCCGAUGCCAUGAAACUGGGCCUAAAACAGGGUCCUCCCUGGCUCCGUUGCCUGGCCCCCAUAGCCGUACCCUUUGUGGAUGGCUUUCUGGCCUUUUAUCACUUUGGCAUCUGUUGCGUCUAUGUGGUUUUCAUAGCUGAAAGCAUCAAGCAGCUGGUGGAUGAGUAUCUGGUGGUUUGGGAUGUCCGUUUGCAUAUGUGCAUCAUAAUUGUACCUCUCCUGUUAAUAUACAGCAUUAAAAAUUUGCAAUUAUUGGCUCCGUUUUCCAGUGCAGCUAAUUUACUAUUAGCUGUGGGUUUUGGUAUCAUUUUGUAUUACAUAUUCGAAGACUUGCCACCGCUGAGUGAAAGAAAAGCUUUUGUGGCAAUCACAGAGCUGCCUACCUUCUUUGGCACCGUACUCUUUGCCUUGGAGGCAGUGGGUGUGAUCCUGGCAAUUGAGGAAAACAUGGCCACACCCAAGGCCUAUGUACGUCCUUGUGGUAUCAUGAAUAUUGGCAUGGGCAUAGUCCUGGGCCUUUACAUACUUCUGGGUUUCUUUGGUUAUUGGAAAUACGGGGAUGAAGCCUUGGGCAGUGUUACCCUUAAUAUUCCCCAAUCGGAAAUACCCGCACAGGUGGUAAAGAUCUUUUUUGCCAUUACUACUUGGAUUUCGUAUGCCUUGCAAGGAUAUGUCACUGCUCAUAUCCUUUGGGAUAAGUACUUGUCGAAGCAUAUCAGGGAAUCAAGGCGUACAGUGUUUGAGCUGCUUUUCAGGGCCAUGAUUGUGCUGCUUACCUUUGCUUGUGCUAUAGCAAUUCCUGAUCUUUCGGUGUUCCUUUCCCUGGUCGGAUCCUUUUGCCUUUCUAUACUGGGUCUCAUAUUUCCAGCCUUACUUCAGAUUUGUGUCCAAUAUACGGAAGGCUAUGGACCAUUUAGGAUAAAACUGAUCAUAAAUGUGUUGCUUCUAUGUUUCGGUGUCUUUGGUGGUGUUGUGGGCACCUAUGUGAGCAUUCUGGACAUCAUCGAAGUGUACAAAUAAAAAACGAAUUUCGAAUUGCGCAAUAAAUUCUGCAUUAAUUAAGCAAUAAAAACUAGCCCUAUAU